AUGCGCACGACCAGCGGCCAUAUUGCACCACGCCCGUUGACAUCGUCGAAUCCAAGCAGUGUAGCUGCCACGGCUCCACUGACAGCGCUACCCACCGUCGCAACUGCAAACGAAGUGUUCGCCAAGGCCUCGGCCCGGGCGCCAACGCUACCCAACGCGGCCGCCGACGGCGGCGGCGCGCUUUACUCAACCACGCUGGAGGCCUACACUAUUCUACUUCACACGGCUCGCACACAAGCGGUGACGCGUGGUUCUGGCCAGCAGAACGCCUUUGCCGGCAGCGAGUCUGCCAAGCAACAGAGCAGCCGACUCGUGCUGUACUGUGGUGAUCAGUGUGACGCACUGCUCGUGCGGGCAGCGCAGCUGCUCGGCAUAGCACAUGUGCGUGUCAUUCAAACGGUCGCAAUCAAGCGCGAUUUGCCGCUGCCCACAGCUCACUCAACUGGCACCGCUGUUACUGGUGGCGAGUCGUGCAGCCUCUACAACUACGCGGUGGACGUGCAUGAGCUGCAAUCCCGCCUCGUUGAGGAUGUAGCGGCAGGCUUGUACCCUCUCAUGGUGGUCGGCACGUUCGGUUCUGGCCUCAGUGGUGCCGUCGAUCAGCUGCUAGCCAUGGGUGAGUUCUGCCAGCGACUUGGCGUAUGGUACCACAUUGAUGCGAGUCACGGCGGUGCCGCUCUGCUCGCCGGCCCCGCUGGGAAAGUUGUGCCACCUGCGCUGCUGCAGCGGGACGCCAUCCUCGCUCAAUUUUACGCCGCGGCCUCGCUGGCCGACUCCGUGCUGGUGCCAACUGGCUUGUCAACUGCCAUUCCGUACGCGAUUCUGCCCGUUUCGCCAGCAAGUUGUUUCACCACCGCUGGUUCCAUGGCACUCUUUUUUGCGCACAUUCGCAAAGUGGCCUGGUCUCUCCAGGCCCUCGGGGAGGCACGGCAGCACACCUUCAACCAGUGGAUCACCCCUGGUGUGGCGGAGAGCGAUGUACUGCGUGUGUCGCCGCUGUCGCACAUGGGAGGGUGGUUGCUCGAGCAGCACCUGACGGGUGUGCUGGUGACGGCCAAAUCAUCGAAGGCAAAUCCACGCGGAGUCGUUCGGCCCGUGUCCGCGUCGUCGUCGGUGCUUGCGGAGCGGGUUGGCGCACACCAGCAGUUUGUCCGUGCGGUGCUGCAGGCCGUUCGCGGUGACGGCCGCUUUGAUGCCUCGAUAGACGCCUCUGUUUUCGGGAUUGUGUGCCUGCGGUGGCUUACGGCGGCGGACGAGGCCACAGUGCAGCUGGCGCACGCCUGGAGCGACGUUCUCACAGAGGCCUCCCACCCACCUGUCACGCCGCAGGACAAGCGUGUGGCAUCCACGCCGACGCAUCAGUCCAGCUCCUACAGCACACUCAACGCUAGCGGGCCAUCUGAGACUGACGUUGAAGGGGGCAGGUGCACCGUACCACCGGUGCAAGUGUUCGUGGGGCUGGUACAGCUGCAACGGCGUGUUUGGGUUCAUAUUUCGUUUGGGCCACUCCUCGGCUUACUCGAGGACGAACCGGCGAGCUUCGCGACGGCUGCAAAGGCCCUUGCCAGUGGCGCUUUGGAAGGUGACCCGGUGUCCUCCACAAGGACGCGUGCACUGGCCUACGUGAAGAGGACCUUAAACAAGGCAGCUUCGCUUGUGCGCCCUGCUUCUGCUGCGGUUAACAUUCCUGCCGAGUAG